UACGGAACAUUAAGUGCGGUGGUAAUACUUUAUAAAUACAGUCUGAAUUGUGAGAAAUAGAUUACUUUGGAGUAACGAGCCCCGCAUAGAGCAGCGACCUGCUGCAGUUGUGUGAGGGCGCCGCUGGGUGAGUCUCUCCGCUGCUCUUCUCUCCACAGCUCCCUUUUCCUAAAGAAAAGAAGAGGAGAACUAGGUCCGGGGAGGAGGGCCGCCGCCAUUAUCGGAAAGCUGGCAGAAAUAGCACUUUCACACACGCAAUCUGCCCAUGAAUUGACCAGGACAUGAACAGUUUCUGUUGCAGUAGAAACAUUAUUUGAGACAAUACACCACGGCGAUUGCAACAAACUCACCGUUUUCUCGUGUGCGCGGCCGGCCCAGCAUUAUGUGGGAACAACAAUGGACAGAAUAAUUAUUGAAAAAGCAACGUGGUGAACCGAGAGGAAGACGGCUAAGCAGAUUUUUAUACGCCUGGAUUUCUCUACAGGAAACCCCAUUGCAAGAACAAAUCUGAUUGUUUUAGCAUUCGAGAUAUUUAUUUCUUCAUUCCCCGUGUUUAAUUGCAACGCUAAGAGUGAUGCUGGUCAAGAGGAUCCAGGCAUGGGUAAUGGAUAUUUAAAUCUAAGUACGCCAUCGCACAAGUUUUAGUUUUAUCAGUAUUAUAUGUGAAUUGAGAGGACCCAUAGUGUAUUCUGCGGCUUUAUGCUUAUGCACAUCAGGCGGCGAGGGCUGCGGCAAGGGCUGGCCUGACAGAUGCAGGAGGAGAAAGGGAGAAAUGCGAUGGAUCUGAUGUCACAGGAGUGAAUAAAAGAACCAUCUGCUCAUAUCACUGCAUGGCCCUUGUUUAAAGUUGAAGACCAGCAGAAGAAAGUGAAAUCUGAUCUCCUCUGUGGAUCAGCAAUUUUAUGGACAAACAUUGAAGUGAACUCCUUUAUACAGUGCCUGUUUGUGGCAGGAUGAGAGUCAGCAGGCUAUGAUGGCAAAAAAGCAAGAUGCCCGGGCACCCAUUUACAACCUCAUUGUGGUGGGUUUGUCAGGAACUGAGAAAGAGAAAGGGCAAUGUGGGGUUGGCAAAUCCUGCUUUUGUAAUAGGUAUGUGCGGCCAAGCGCUGAUGACUUCUACCUGGACCACACAUCAGUGUUGAGCACCAGUGACUUUGGGGGUCGAGUGGUUAACAAUGAUCACUUUUUGUUUUGGGGCGAGGUAUCCCGGGUUUUCGAAGAGGGGCCUGAGUGCAGGAUGCACGUCGUUGAGCAAACUGAAUUCAUUGAUGACCAGACAUUUCAGCCACAUCGUAGCACUGCUAUGCAGCCCUAUAUCAAACGGGCAGCAGGAACCAAGCUGUCUUCAGCAGAGAAGCUCAUGUACUUCUGUACAGAUCAGCUGGGCCUGGAGCAAGACUUCGAGCAAAAACAAAUGCCUGAGGGAAAGCUGCAGGUGGAUGGCUUCCUGCUUUGUGUUGAUGUCAGCCGGGGCAUGAACCGCAACUUUGAUGACCAGCUGAAAUUUGUCACAAAUUUGUAUGGUCAUAUUAGCAAGACUAAGAAGCCCAUUGUGCUGGUCCUCACCAAAUGUGAUGAAGGAGUUGAACGUUACAUCAAAGAUGCACAUACCUUUGGUAUUACAAAAAAGAGUCUACCAGUAGUUGAGACAUCUGCACGCUCAAAUAUAAAUGUGGACCUUGCCUUCCUCACGUUGGUUCAGCUUAUUGAUAAGGGCAGGGGUAAACCCAAGAUCAUACCUUACUUUGAAGCCCUAAAGCUCCAGAGUCAGCAGAUAGCUUCUGCAAAGGAUCGCUAUGAAUGGCUUAUCAACCGCAUAGUCAAGAAUCAUAAUGAAACCUGGUUAAACACCAGUCGUCGCAUGAACACCUCUCCAGAGUUCAAAGAAUAUGUCUUCUUGGAGGGAACAGCUAAGUGCAAGAAGCUUUUCCAACAGCAUGUCUACCGUCUGAAACAGGAGCACAUUGAGAGGCGUCGCAAAAUAUACUUAAGCACUCUUCCUUUAGCACUUAGUUCUUUAGUGCCUGACCUAGAUGAGAUAGAUCAGCUGAGCUGGUCUGGGGUACAGAAGGUCCUCGAAUCCAAGCAGCACUUUGCCCAUUGGUUUGUUGUUCUGGAGGACUCACCAUGGGAGGAUACAUCUCACAUCGACAACAUGGAAGAUGAGAGAAUCCCUUCAGACCUACUGGAGACAGGUGAAGCAGAAGACCUAUUUAAUGCCCACCUUGAACAUCUGCGUAAUGAGUGCAGGCGGGCAGAGAUGAGGCUGCAGUUCAAACAAAAGUUGUCUUCCUCUCCCUUUGUCACACCUGGUAGGCCGUGGGAGGAGGCCCGCAGCUUUAUCAUGAAUGAAGAGUUCUACCAGUGGCUCGAGGAGACAGAGUACUUGGACCUGUACAACCGCCAUCAAAAGGAAAUCAUUGACCGUGCUAAAGAAGACUUCCAAGAGCUCCUACUGGAGUACUCUGAGCUUUUUUACGAGCUUGAGGUGGAUGCCAAGCCAAGCAAGGAGAAGAUGGGGGCAAUUCAGGAGGUUUUGGGUGAAGAACAGAGGUUCAAGGCGCUUCAAAAACUUCCAGCUGAAAGAGAUGCUCUGGUGUUGAAGCAUAUCCACUUCGUCUAUCAUCCUACAAAGGAGACCUGCCCUAGCAGUCCUCACUGCGGAGACUUUAAGAUUGAACAACUUUUAGUUUCACGUUUCCCCACGUGUUACCCCUUUUUCGAUGUGAAAGCUCACUUUGGGGACACCAAAGCUGAUAGAAUCAACCUUGUCAUACUAGGGAAGGAUGGACUGGCAAGAGAAUUUGCCAAUGAGAUUAGAGCUCUCUGCACAAAUGAUGACUGGUACGUGUUGGAUGGGAAGAUGUAUGAACUGACGCUGCGGCCGAUUGAGGGAAAUGUACGUCUUCCAGUAAAUUCAUUCAACACCCCCACUUUCACCCCUCACGGAUGUCUGUGUCUGUACAACUCAAAAGAGUCCCUCUCCUAUGUGAUUGAAAGUCUUGAGAGACUUAGGGAAUCAACUCUAGGACGAAGAGACAGCCAGCUAGCGCAGUUGCCAACCUCACUGCUCUUAGUCACUAAAAGAGGUGUAGGAUCAUAUGUGGAAAUUGGUGGAGAAACUGCCUUACACCUAAUAACACAGGGACAGCAGACUGCAAGGAGGUUGCAGUGUAGCUUUUUAGACCCUGCCUCCCCGGGUGUGGGCUAUGGCCAUAACGUCAAUGAGUCCCAAAUCAACCAGGUGCUGAGGGGCCUCCUGGAUAUUAGGAGGAGCCCAUCCUUUAGUAGCAGCUCCCCGCCCCUCCUCCCUGAGCCUCCAGGGCUCAGAGACUCCCCUCACCAGCCAGCGCAAGAGGCAGACCUUCGAAUUGUCAUGUGCCUAAUGUGUGGGGACAACUAUGACGUUGAGCAGCUCCUAUCCCCUUUUCUGAUGCAUCAGCACUGCAGGCCCAUGUCUAAUUGUGGCACCUCUGUGCUGUUGGAGCAGACAGUUGGCGGACACAAGCUGGCGAUAGAGCUCUCUCUGCUCUCAUACCACGCCUCCUUCACUUUGCGCAAGAGCAGGUUAGUGCACGGCUACAUUGCUGUGUACUCGGUCUCCCGAAAAGCCUCCCUGGAGACGCUUUGUGCAUUCCUGUGUGAAGUUCAGGACAUCAUCCCGGUUCAGCUGCUGGCAGUGGGAGAUAGCCAGGCAGAGCUCACUGACAGCGACUACGCCUGUGAGCAGCAGAUGCAGGGCGAGGAGCUAGCACAUGAGAUCGAGGGUCGCUUCAAUAGUGUGGUUUGUGGAUCCGGGGGGGUUGUGGGAGGUCUGCAUAGGAUAGAAAUGUUCCAUUCUUUUCUGAUGGAGGUGGUAGAGAAACGCAACAUCGUGGAGGCAACGCACAUGUACGAUAAUGUGGCUGAAGCAUGCACCAAUGAAAACGUAUACUCCCCACGCUGCAGUUCUCCCAGUCCCGUCACCAUGUUCCUGGAUUCAGAGGACGACGUAGAGCCUUCCCCGCCAUACUACGAUGGCACACUCACUUCUCAUGGUGGGGGCUUCAACCUGCCUGACCUAGAUUCCAGUGACAUCUCCGUCAUCUCUGAAAUCAGAGACUUUGAGAACAAACUCAACAACAAAAUACCCCCACAAGUAAGAGUUAAACCAGGCGUCACCUUUGACUUCCGGAAAGUGAGCCGUAACCCGUAUAUGGAUACAAUGGGUCACCGUCGCUCCCUCCCCUCUGCGGUUACCUGGGUUCCUGGUGGCGAUGUGGGCUACGAUCCCUCAGACUACGCCGAACCCAUCGACGCCGUUUCAAAACCCCGCCCCAGCAAUGAAGAGAUAAUCUACUCGGUGCCACACGACAGCACGCAAGGCAAAAUCAUCACCAUCCGCAACUCUAAUAGGAUGCACUCCAACGGAAACGGCUCCGACAGCGAGGCCGACAGCAGCUCCCUGGAGCGAAGGAGGAAGUUCUCGGCAGCGGGGGUGAAGCCUCGUCUUUACCGCGACCGCUCCAAGAGGCUCGGCAAGUUCAGCAGCUUCCGCACAAGCUUCAUAGGCAGCGACGAUGAGAUAGGAGCUCUUCCAAAGACCAAGGAGGAUGAUUUCGGGACCCUGAAAAGCGAAACUCUGACCGAGGAGACUGAAGACCCAAAAAAGAGGAACAUUCUAAAGAGCCUGCGACGAACAGCCAAGAAAACAAGAACAAAGCCCCGUCCAGCAAUUCCCAAGCCCCCGGAGAGCACUUACUUUGGGGUCCCUCUAGUGAAUGUGGUUUCCCCAGACAGACCCAUCCCACUCUUCAUCGAGAAGUGUGUCCGCUACAUUGAGACCACAGGCCUGAAUACAGAGGGGUUGUACCGAGUAAGCGGCAACAAGUCAGAGAUGGAAGGCAUGCAGAGGCAGUUUGAACAGGACCACGGAUUGGACCUGGUGGAGAAAGACUACGCCAUAAACACUGUGGCUGGAGGCCUCAAAAGCUUCUUCUCUGAGCUGCCUGACCCCCUGGUGCCUUGUCCUCUGCAGGUGGACCUACUGGAGGCUUACAAAAUCAAUGACCGAGAACAGAGGCUCUACACCAUGAAGGAUGUCCUGAGGAGGUUCCCCAGGGAGAAUUAUGAUGUGUUCAAAUAUGUAGUGAGCCACUUGCACAAGGUGAGUCAGCUGCACCGGCUGAACUUGAUGACCAGCGAGAACUUGUCCAUCUGCUUCUGGCCCACCCUCAUGCGGCCGGACUUCACCACUAUGGACGCCCUGACGGCCACGCGCACCUACCAGACAAUCAUCGAGAGCUUCAUCCACCAGUGUACAUUCUUCUUCUACAACCAGCCCCUCCUCGAUUCCCCCACGGGCCUCGCGGGCCUCCCUGCCUCCCCCACCACCACCCUCAGCUCUGCCUACUCUUGUUACCGCUCGUCUCCGCCCCACAACGCCGCACACUUCAGCCCCCUGCAGCAGUCUCCGCCCACCACCCCCCAGUCUCCCCUGCAGUCCCUGCUCCCUCCCCUCCACCAGCACCCCCACUCUCACCACUCCCCUGCCGAACAAGAGACGCUGUGAGAGACGCUGACGCCACAUGUGCCCAUGAUGAUGCUGGACCUUAUCACCUAUACACUAAAAUAAAAAUAAAUAAAAGAGAAGUGCACUUGCACACUACAUCUUCCAUCCUGGACAACUGAGGGCAUGAAGAGAGGAGAUGAGGAAGUGUACGAGAAACUUCCCUAACCGGCCAUUUGUGUCCAUACUCGUGUGCAUCAGGGCGUGAGGCGGCCAUUAUCAAUGACUCCUCUGAGCCCCCGUUCACCUGGAGUUUAACAUCCGGUCAGAGGUGUCCGUCACAGCCUCUCAUCUGUCUACAGCCUCCAAUUAUCCUACACUACCAAGAAAUAGAAACCUUAAAGCUGGAAGAAUUGAUUUGUGGCCAUUGUGUAAAACUGUUUUUUUUGUUCAUCCUGAAAGUACUGCCACUGGAUUUUUAGACUGCUCCUCUGUAGGUCCUUUGGGCAGCGGUCUGAGGUCUACCUUCGGGUUUUCUCAUCGGCUCUACUUGAGCGGUCAGCAUGGGGAGGGAAAGGAAGUGAGGGGGGGGAUACACAUCCAGGGAUGCACUUUAAUGAUCACUGUUGUUUUUCCCCUCAAAAGGGUUUUUUGUUUUGUUGACAUACUGUUUUUUUGUGUGUUUUUUAUUUCACAGCUCAAACAGCCAUACCCAUUGCCUCUACAGAGCUCUGGUAGAUCAAACUUUGUUUACAUCAAACUUGUUUUUUGUAUCCACAAACGUACCUGAAGCACUUUUUUGAUAGUGUAGUAUUACAUCUGAAGAAAUGCCACGUUUAUUAAUUGUCCAUAUUGUUUGUUUUUAGUGGCUGAAUGUGGCAUCAGUGCAGGCUUGUAAAACAAAGUCCUUUUUGUAAAAACUUACGUUCUCUUUAAGUGGAUCCAGAAGUCCCAUUUGAGGUUGAUGGGAAAUCUGAAUUUACUCAUAAUCACCCAGCCAUGUGAAAGAAUCGUUUUCUUUCAGAGUUUGUCCUCUUUCUAGCUGUUGGUUGAUCAGAGUGGACGUUUAGGGAAGUUUGGUUUAAUUACACCAAUAUAAUAUCAGAAGAAUCUACCUGCUUUCAGUCAAGUGAAGGAGAACAUUUUGCCAUUUUUGAAUGUGUAACCUAAUUGUACCCUAACACAACACAAUUGCCAUCUGGUGUCUAUUGAAACCAAACGCUUGAAACAUGAUAGGAUGCUGGACGUGUUGCUGUGGCUGUCUAUCUAAAGCUCUUUGUACUCAUCUAAUAUUAAGGACCUUCGACUCGGAAGGUUUAGUAUUUUCAACGCACUGUUACCGCUAGUCCUGCUACACAAUACAAUGACCAGUAGAAGUAAAAAAAAAAAUGUUGGAUGGGAAACAUUCAGGAGGAGGGAGUUCUGUCUUAUUAAAAAUGGACCACCAGACACUGAGGUUCUGGAUGAUCGUGGCGGUUCUUGGUUGCAACAAUGUCAGUGUAGUUUGGCUUUGUAGUAUUUGGGAUCACCACCUACUGGUACUGUUGGGAAUGCUGUUAGGAACUCAGUCAUUUUACGCGUUCUUGGGCUCUUCUCAAACCGCUCAGAGCUGUAACAUUAAGACCGGCACUUUCCCCACUAUAACACGACUCCCGGGAGUAUAUAAUCUUACCACUUCUGACACAACCUUUGGCAAAAUGUGCUGUUCAAUGAGCAAAAAGUGAGUGCAUACUACUCUAUAAUGGUUGUUUAUUUGUAUGUUGGGGAACACCACCCGUUAGUCAAUGGUAGAAAACAUUUCUAGUGUGUAUUUCAAUGAUUGAAAGUCCAUUUUUACAAUUUUUGUGAAUGGUUCAAGGCCACUUAAGUUUAGUGCAUGAUUUAAAAAAAGAUAAAAUAAAAAAAAAAAGAUAAAACACACACACAGGGAGAAGGAUGAAAGCCUCUCCCGGUUUUAAAACAUGAAAAUUAGUGCGAGAACAAAAACAAAAUGCUGAAGUGAAAUAGCUGAAACGUGAAAAGUUUAUGUACUGUGCACCAAGAGCAAACCAUGGAAUUUGUCUGACUGAGACCAGUGUUUGAAGAUGAAGGCCUUAUGUGAACUGUAUAAUAGUUAAUAAAUUAAAUCUUGUAAAAUUGUC